CAUUAAAUAAAUAACCAUGAGUGAUUGUGAAGAAGAACAAUUUCAAGGUGGAUUUCCUCAAGAAGAUGGUAUUAUCCGUUAUGGUAACUAUGUUCAAUUGAAACACUGUCAAACUGGUCGAUUCAUCAGUACGGAUGGUGAAGGAUAUGAAGGUGGUAGUUAUCAACAACGUGUCUUUGCUUCUGAAUCACUAUCCACUACAUGGGUUGUGAUUCCACCUCAAGGAUCAGAUGAAAAAUUAGGUUAUGAAGUUGGUUGGGAUGAUGAAUUAUUACUCAAGCCUUUGGAUUAUCCUUCUCACAAAUUACAUUCAAGCCCAGGAGUGGAAAGUCCUUGCUCUGGUCAACAAGAAGUGUCAUGUUUUGCUGAAUCAGAUGAAAAUGAUGUAUGGAGAGUGGUACGAGGUGGUGAUGAUUGUGCUGAUGAUUUCUGGCGUGUUGGUGAAUGCUUUUAUCUUGUUCAUGUCAAUUCCGGUGCUACUUUGCAUAGUCAUCAAAUUGAUUUCUUCGAUGAACAACAUGAAGUUACUGCUUUUGGUGAAUACGAUGAAAAUAGUUUGUUUGUAGUCUAAUUACAGCAUGAACUUUACUACUUUUUCAAAUAAAGAAAAAAAAAAAAAACGGGUUUCUUUUUUAAACUCCCGUCUUUCUCUUUCUCUUUUCGUUAUUACUUU